CUCUGCAUCACACGGCAUCCAUAUAUCCUUCAGCGAUCAGCCGAGAAGCAGAGCACGUCGAGGAUGCCGGGAGCCGUGAAGGUGUUCGGGUCGCCGACGUCGUCGGAGGUGGCCCGCGUGCUGGCGUGCCUCUUCGAGAAGGAUGUGGAGUUCCAGCUCAUCCGCGUCGACUCCUUCCGCGGCCCCAACCGCAUGCCCCAGUACCUCAAGCUCCAGCCGCACGGCGAGGCGCUCACCUUUGAGGACGGCAACGUCACCCUCGUCGAGUCGAGGAAGAUACUGCGGCACAUCGCGGACAAGUACAAGGCGCAGGGGAACCCGGACCUGAUCGGGAUGGGGGCCCUGGAGCGCUCCUCCAUCGAGCAGUGGCUGCAGACGGAGGCGCAGAGCUUCGACGUGCCCAGCGCCGACAUGAUCUACAGCCUCGGAUUCCUGCCGCCCACCAUGCCGCUCGACGGCAAGAAGGACGGCGCCGGCAAUGGCGCCGGUGGCCGCGACGCUAGGCAGCAGCAGCAGCAGCAGAAGCAGCAGGGCAUGAUGAUGAACCCGACCCACGUGCAGAAACUGGAGGAGAUGAAGCAGCUGUUCGAGAAGAGCAGCAAGGAUCUGGGCAAGGUGCUGGACAUCUACGACCAGCGCCUGGAGGAGGCCGAGUACCUGGCCGGCGACAAGUUCACCCUCGCCGACCUCUCCCACAUGCCCAACGCCGACCGCCUCGCCUCCGACCCGCGCUCCGCCCGCCUCAUCCAGUCCCGCACGAACGUCAGCCGCUGGUGGGCCGACGUCUCCGCCCGCGAGUCCUGGGUGUACGUCAAGAGCCUGCAGCGCCCGCCGGCAUCGGAGGCGCCCUUUUGAUCUCCAUCCACGCCGGCCGACUCCUCGCACUGAACGUACGGUGCCGAUCAGCGAGAACCCGAGAAGGGGUUAACUAUGGUCACUGCUCCAUCACACUACAUGCAUACGUGGCGUUCGUCAGCUGCGGUGUGUUUCAUUCCAAGCAAUUCAUCUUCUUGAUUUCUUCGCUAUAUAUGUAAUGCAUUUCCGUCGUUCUGAAUAAUCUUGUAUAAGUUGUGUUUCACUUUUCUCAUUGAAUUCCUGUUGUUGCGUAAUUCGAUCGAUCAUUUUAAUAUUGCAAUGGAAAGUACAAUAAAAUGAUAUAUCCUUUUUUACUUCA